AUGACUGUCACCCAUUCCGCUCCAAAUGACAUCGCACCACCAGGUUCAUCCGGUAUUAAAGUCAUUAUCGUGGGACUGGGUCUUGCCGGACUCACUGCUGCGAUCGAAUGCCACCGCAAAGGUCACAGCGUGAUUGGGCUGGAGAAAACCCCCAAACCAACGCACCUGGGCGACAUCUUCAGCAUCUCUAGUAACGGAGCAAAUGUAAUCCAGAAGUGGGACAAUGGAUCUGUUUCUACUUACCUGGACUCCGUCCGUUGCGACGUUGCUAGCAUCACUGUUUGGGAUGAAGCAGCCAACAUCAAGCUUCGCAAAGACAUGAGCGGGUACAAAGAGGGCGAGGGACUAGUACUAAACCGUUCAACGACAGUCUGCACCCUGUACGAGUAUGGAAAAAGUCUGGGCAUCGAUCUUCGCUUUGGAAUAUCAGUAUCGGGAUACUGGGAAGACGACCACGAGGCAGGAGUCAUUGCGAAUGACGAACGGUUGUCAGCAGACUGUGUAAUUGCUAGCGAUGGCAUUCACAGUAAAGCACGACCAAUCAUCACCGGGGAUGAUAGGCCACUCAACAGGAGUGGCGCUGCCACAUAUCGCGCGGGCUAUCCGGCUGAGGUUUUAGACAAUCAACCGGACGCCCAGUGGAUUCUCGAGGGUACAGACAAAGCUGAUCAGUUAAAUCACUUCAUUGGCAAAGACAUUGCAGUCAUCAUGGGCACUGGAAGACACGGUAAAGACGUGUACUGGGGGUGCUUACAUCGUAGCUCUGACGGCGUAUCCAAGUCAUGGCUCCAACCUUCCGACGUGACAAAGGCACUAGCAUUGAUUGAGGAUUGGCCCGCAAAGGACAAAGUCGGGGCAGUGAUUAAAUGCACACCGAACAAUACCUGCUGGGAUCACCUAGUCAUGGCGGUCGACCCCUUGUCUCGGUGGGUGUCAGAAAAAGGUCGCAUGGUUGUCAUCGGAGACGCCGCACAUGCCUUUAUUCCCACAUCUGGUCAGGGUGCGAGUCAGAGUAUUGAGGACGGUGCAGUCAUUGCCAUUUGUUUAGAGCUAGCUGGAAAGAAGCAGGUUCCACUUGCUCUUUCGGUCAUGGAAAAGCUAAGUUCACUCACCGUCGUACACAGAUAUCAGCGAGUCUCCUUGAUUGGGGAGGGGAGUGCGAAAAUGUUGGAGUCUCUUCAUGGGGCAAAUUGGGAUGCCAAACAACAGGAUAAAUUACCUACCUUGAUUGCUCGCGCGAUGUGGAUCUUUGAUCAUGACUGCCAGAAGUCCACAUACGAGGAGUUUGAAAAGGCGGCCGAGGCCGUUGUUGCUGGCAGCACGUAUGUGCCAGCCAAUAUUCCAAAUGAUGGCCGACACGGGAUUGUAGAGGAGGAAGGCAAGUCAACAGUAAAGAUAGCCUCUACAGACUCCGCCCCUAUUGCUGCAGAGUAG